AUGCCUGACAAAAUACUCGACGAUAUUUCUCAUAGGCGAUAUAAUCCCCUACGCGGAUCAUGGCUUCUUGUGUCGCCUCAUCGAACCAAACGUCCUUGGCAAGGUCAGCAGGAGGGCCCUGGAAUCAACAAGCUGCCUGAAUAUGACCCCAAGUGCUAUUUGUGCCCCCGCAACCCAAGAGCGCAAGGCGACACCAACCCAGACUAUAAAGAUACCUUCGUGUUUGUGAACGACUACAGCGCCGUCAAGGAGGAGCAGCAGGACUACGAGCCGGAGUCCAAGUCCGCAAGCGACGAUCUCUCUUCAAUUUUGCUUCGCGCCGAAGGUGUAAAGGGAAAAUGCUUUGUCCUUACAUUUUCCCCAAAACAUCACCUUACACUUGCGGAUAUGUCUGCAGAAGAAACUCUUCCCAUCAUCCAGACAUGGACGCGCAUUUAUGCUGCCCACCUCGCACCGACCAAUCCACUCGCCCAGAUUGCAGCUAAUCUGGACUUGAUGCGCACCGAGUCAGCGCCCGAAAGCCUAGUAGUCCCUGUGCCGACACAACAGUUACGAUACAUGCAGAUUUUCGAGAAUAAAGGUGCUGCUAUGGGAUGCUCGAAUCCCCACCCCCAUUGUCAGAUUUGGACAACGAGCACUCUACCCGAGGAGCCGGCUGCAGAAGCUGUUCAAAUGGCCAGAUAUCGAGCCGAGCAUGGUGGCCGCCAUCUUCUACAAGAUUAUGUGAACUUGGAGAUGGAGAAGAAGGAGCGUAUCGUAUAUCAAAACGCCUCCUUUCUCGUAGUUUGUCCGUGGUGGGCUAUAUGGCCGUUCGAGGUCAUGAUAAUAGCCAAACGCCACGUUCGCGCUCUCGUCGAUCUUACAGAGCGGGAACGAUUCUACUUGGCCGAAACGAUUCAAGAGGUCACGAGGCGAUAUGAUAAUCUCUUCGAAACAAGUUUUCCGUACAGCUCUGGAAUUCACCAGGCGCCCCUUGCGGGGACUGACGAGGAGAUCGAGAACAGCUAUUUCCAUAUGCAUUUCUAUCCACCACUCCUGCGUUCAGCCACAGUGCGCAAAUUCCUUGUGGGAUAUGAACUAAUGGCUGAGCCUCAACGGGACAUCACUCCGGAACAAGCCGCUGCCCGUUUAAGAGAGUGCGCGGGUGAACUAUAUAGGAGAAAGCUAAAAUGA